AUGAAGAUUAAGAAAGCAAGGGGUGUUCUUUUCCUUAAAUGUUUUUUUUUUCUCUCCUCUUCUUGUUUCAGCUUUGUGUUCCCUGUAGCUGGUGGUCUCGGCCCUCAAGGGAUGAUUCCCGUGCAACAGCAAAGCUUCCCAAUGGUGUCUGUCAUGCAGCCCAACAUGCACGGCGUGAUGGGAAUGAAUUACGGCUCUCAGGUGCCUCCUGGAACUAUGACCGUGCAGGGUGGCAUGCCCCUAGGUCCAAUGCCAACAGCGGGAAUGCCAUAUAUGGGACAAAGUCCCUUCCUUGGAAUGCGUCCAUCAGCUCCUCAGUAUACCCCUGAUAUGCGGAAGCAGUUUGUUGAAGAACAGCAGAAACGAUUUGAACACCAGCAGAAGGUUUUGGAAGAAGAAAGAAAAAGGCGUCAGUUUGAAGAACAGAAGCAAAAGCUAAGGCUUUUAAGCAGCGUGAAGCCAAAGAUGGGCGAGAAAAGCAGAGAUGAUGCCCUGGAAGCCAUUAAAGGGAACCUAGAUGGGUUUUCCAGAGAUGCUAAACUCCAUCCCACACCAACUGCUCAUCCCAAAAAUGCAGAUCAUCCCACACCAUCUCAUUCUACUGUGUCUGUCUCCCAAACUACUGCUUUUCUUGACGACGAGGAGUUUAGUGACUUUAUUCAGGGACCUGUCGAAACCCCACCAUUCAUGCCUCCAACCUCUUCCCAGGCUUUUCAGUCUUGUCAUCCUGCUUCUAAGGCUGGGCAACGGCUUUCAGAGAAGGCUGUGGCCCUCGCUCUCCCUCCAGUCCAGUUUCCUGUAACCUCCAUCCUCCAGGGUACUGUGGGACCAGUACCCUAUUUCUGUCCUUCUCCGGCUUCACAAAACACUCAGAAAACAGGACAUUUCUUAGAAGACAAGCCUUUGCCAUGUUGGGCCUUGAGUGAAUUUGAGCAAGCUCAAAUCAAACUUAAGGUGCCUGAGGUUGAGUUCAGCGCUGCAGCUUCAGCUGUAAAUAGCACUGAUCCCAAGUUAGCAGCCAGUGGCAGGAAGUCCCUAGGGGCCCUCCCCAAGGGAACCCCCUUUCCAGAGGCAAACAAGGCUUCAGAACAAAACCUGCCAGUUGAAGAGUGUGGUGUUGGAGUUUUUCCUUCACAGGAUGCAAUCCAGCAAAUGAUGCCUCCGUGGAUUUACAAUGAUAAUUUAGUUCCAGAUCUUUAUAAGAAGAUUUUAGAAACCACCAUGACACCAUCUGGGAUAGAUACCGGCAAACUCUAUCCAAUUCUGAUGUCAUCUGGGCUUCCCAGAGAAACUCUUGGACAAAUCUGGGCCUUAGCCAAUCGCACCACUCCAGGGAAGCUGACAAAGGAAGAACUCUAUACCGUUUUGGCUAUGAUUGCGCUAACUCAGAGGGGAGUUCCAGCCAUGAGCCCUGAAGGUUUAAACCAAUUUCCCUCUGCCCCCAUCCCUACCUUAAGCGGGCUUCAGAUGGCCAUCUCUGUCACAGUGAGCCAACAGCCUUUGAUGUCUCCUGCGCCACCAGUUUCCAUGCCGCUUAGCAUAGGACCGGCAGUGGUGGGGAUCAACGUGGCAGCGCCAGUGGGUGGGGCCACCACACAGGUUUCCAGCAGUUUCAUUCAACCUUUCCCUGCAAACCAGGUUGCAAAAGGAGACGAUGAUGACUUCCAGGAAUUCCAAGAUGCUUCUAAGUCAGGGGGACUUGAUGACACCUUUACAGAUUUUCAAGGGGAAGUGCCUGGAUCAAACAAAACGUUAGCAACACAGCAGCGGAGCAGUGCUCCUUCAAUGCUGAUACCCCUUUCAGGCCCCAAAAUGACAUCUGCCGUGGAUAAAUAUGCUGUUUUUAAAGGGAUUGCAUCUGACAAGCCUGCUGAAGAUUAUGGAGAUAAAUACAGUGCUUUUCGAGAACUGGAGCAGCCAUCCGAAAGUAAAUCCAUAGGAGACAGCUUUGCAGAUUUCAGGUCCCCAGGAACAGACGAUGGCUUCACUGAUUUCAAAACUGCGGACAGCAUCUCUCCACUAGACCCACCAACAAAGGACAAACCAUUUCCCCCAUCUUUUCCUUCUCUUCCUAUACCGUCAAAACAACAAUCCCAAGCAAAGCCUUCUCUGAAUUUGGCAGACCUGGAUCUGUUUUCCUCAGCCUCUACUGGAGAGAGCCAAUCUACUCUCUUUCCAGCUGUGUACAGUUCCCCCAAACCAGCUCCUUUUGCUGCACCACCACACACAAUAUCUGCCACCGCCACUCUGCCAAUGCCAGGCAACAGUUCAGUCCUGGCUAGCGACUUUGCCGACUUCAACCUUUUUGGAGGGUUGUCAAGUUGUACUUCGGCUGCCACUCAGGAUGAAUUUGCAGACUUCAUGGCUUUCAAUAACAACGCUGUCUCUCCGGAGAAGCAGCUGGAUGAUAAAUACAGUGCCCUCAAACAAGAUUCCAACUCCAUUCCCUCAGCUGGCUCCUUAGUCAGUGCCGUGAAGAAUGGGCAGAGUCCAGUUGCUGCUUCCAACAAAUAUGACAUCUUCAAGCAGCUGUCUCUGGACAGCCCCGGGUUGGGAUUUGAAGAACUAAAAGACCAUACCCCUUCAUCAGUUAAGAGUGAAGACGACUUUGCUGAUUUCCACUCAAGCAAGUUUUCCUCCAGCUCAGAAAAAUCCCUUGUCGACAAACUGGCUGCUUUCAAGCACGCCAAGGAGGAUUCGGCUUCUGUCAAGUCUCUUGACCUGCCAUCCAUUGGAGGCAGCAGCGUGGGCAAGGAGGAUUCUGAAGAUGCCCUCUCUGUCCAGUUUGACAUGAAACUGGCAGAUGUGGGAGGAGACCUUAAGCAUGUCCUGUCUGAUAGCUCUCUGGAUUUGCCAACGGUUAGUGGUCAACAUCUACCAGCAGCAGAUCUUGAUGACUUGAAGUGUGCCCCCUUUGGAAGUUAUAGCAAUGGCUCUGUUCUGAGUAGCUUUCCAAGCUAUGAUUGGUCUGAUAAAGAAGAUGCCUAUCAGAGCAGAAAGUCUAUCCCCUUCUCCCUUCCUGCAGGAAAUGGAUCCUCCCUAGCUACCUCUGUACUCCAGAAGAAGGAGACAUUUUUUGGCAGCUCUGAAAAUAUCACUGUGACCACCGUUUCCAAGGUAACAACCUUUGCUAAUGAGGAUGCUCUCCAAGAUGUGAAGUUCUCAUCCUUUGCAAACUUCAGAGAUUCCAGUCCUCACUCAGUGGAUCAAAGUGAUGAUGAUAUUGAAGACUUUGGAGAGUUUGCCAGACCACUGGGCGAUGGCUGUGAGAGGCCAACCACAGGUGGACCUCAAGAGACUGACUCUGCCCCUGUUUCCUUAGAAGCCGGAAAAGAAGUUCUUGAUGACUUUGGCGAGUUUCAGAGUGAAAAGCCAAAGAUCAGCAAAUUUGACUUUUUACUGGCAACUUCCCAAGGGAAAAUGAAAUCCAGUGAAGAAAUGAUCAAAAGUGAGCUAGCAACUUUUGACCUCUCUGUUCAAGGUUCUCACAAAAGGACCCUAAGUUUGGGUUCCUCACCUCUACCACCCCUGGAGCAACCCUUUAGAGAUAGAUCAAACACUCUGAGUGAGAAGCCUUCACUGCCGGUUAUCCGAGACAAGUACAAAGAUCUUACUGGGGAAGUAGAGGAAAGUGAGAGAUAUGCCUAUGAAUGGCAGAGAUGCUUGGAAAGUGCACUGCAAGUCAUCAAGAAAGCAAAUGACAUCCUGAAUGGAAUCAGCAGUUCUUCUGUGUGUACUGAAGUCAUCCAAUCUGUGCAAGGCAUGGAAUAUUUAUUAGGGGUUGUUGAAGUUUAUCGCGUCACCAAGCGAGUUGAGCUGGGUAUCAAAGCCACAGCGGUCUGCAGUGAGAAGCUCCAACUGCUCCUGAAGGAUAUUGAUAAAGUCUGGAAUAACCUGAUAGGAUUUAUGUCCCUUGCAGCAUUAACGGUAAGGCACUCUUGAACAAUGGCCUCGUCUGCUAUAGGAGGUAGGUGGGGCCAGGACAAAAGUUGAAUUGGAUUUAAUUUGCAUAGCAUCUCA